AAUAAUAAUCAAAUAUCAGCCUCUUCUCUCUCUGACUCUCAUAAUCGUUCAUUCCCCAACCUCCCUACAACAUACCAUCAAUCACCUAAAGCCCAGCCCAGCCCCGUCCCGCCCGUUUGUCGACCCGUUUUUCCGAGGAGGGUCGGUCCGUCCGUCGAUUCUCUUCAUAGCUUUGCGAUUCAAACGUUUGCUUCUUUUCCAUUGUCCUCUCGCUUAUCUUCACCAUUGCCUCCCCAACUCGACGUCGGCGUGUUUGAAGGAGAAAUUCGAGAAGAAUUUCGGGCCGGUUGUCCGGGUUUGACUUUCCUCGGUCGCCUUUGCUACUUUCCUGUUAUUCCAAGAGGAAUCGAGCCUUGAGGCUCUGGUGGGGAAGUCAUGGACCGUGGAACUACUGACUCUGAACCCAGACGAAGUGAAUCAUUUAGUUACACGAGAAGUGCCAGUUCUUCAUGUAGAAGGCGCUCUAUAAGUUUUUCAGCAUCUUUACCCAUUCAUAUAGGUGAUGACGUUGAAAGUGAGACUGUUUCGGAGGCAGGAGAUAUUGGGGAUCGGGCUCUUCAGAGCAACAGGCACAGUGAGGAUGCUAGACUCUGUUCUUCUAUUGAUCAUGCAUCACAGAAUAGAGUAGCUGCUCCCACUUCUGAGGAUACUCUGUUGCACCCUUGUGGGUAUUGGUCUCGUGAUCCAGCGUUGAAUACAAUCUCUCCAGUGUCUCCAUUGCCAGAGGAAAUUAUAUCUCCCCUUUCCGUGGAUGCAUUGGUGUGCUCUAAAGAUAUAAAGCAAGAAGAGUUGCCGAAGUUAUUGGAUUAUGUUUUAUGUCUCAUUCAUUUAGCUGUUUUUGGGAUUCUUGGGGUUUUAACAAGGUAUUUACUGCAAAAAUUGUUCGGCCCCGGAAUUGUUGGCUUGACAAACAAUGAAAGCAUUCUGUAUCUUGACCUUCCUUCUAAUAUGGUUGGUUCUUUCUUGAUGGGAUGGUGGGGUGUCGUUUUCAAAGCAGACAUAUCCCGCAUUUCAGACUAUCUAGCAAUCGGAUUGACGACUGGUUACUUAGGAAGUCUUACAACUUUCAGUGGUUGGAAUCAGAAAAUGCUUGAUCUUAGUGUUGAUGGCCACUGGGUGUUUACUGUGCUUGGUUUUCUUUUAGGCUUGUUUCUUGCAGCCUAUUCCAUUAUUGUUGGUGUUGAAACGGCCAAGGGUUUUAAGUGGAUUCUAACAAGAUUAAACGGAAGUUGGGGAAGUGGCAUUUGUAGCUCUAGCAGCAACUGGAGGGUGGAUAGCAGAAGGCGUCACUUGGCCGUCAUGGUGGUGUCGGUUUUAAUGCUAGUCUUGUUAUGGGGUUUAAGUGGAGCGCUAUUGAAGGAGGAGUUUAGCAGUGGCAGCAGUGGUGCUCAGCUAUGGUUGGCGUGCAUUGUUGGACCUCCAGGCGUGUGGAUCAGGUGGUUCUUAGCCCGACUCAACGGACGUGGGUUAGGAAGGACCGGAUUAUUUAAAUGGUUACCGUUUGGGACUCUGAUCGCUAAUGUUUCCGCAGCUUGUAUCAUGGCAGCACUAUCUACUGUGAAGGAAGCGGUGAAUACCCAGACUUGUGAUACUGUAGUAUCUGGCAUACAACUUGGAUUCUUGGGCUGUCUGAGUACUGUGUCUACCUUCAUUGCUGAGUUCAAUGCAAUGAGAGAAAGCAAGCACCCUUGGAGGGCAUAUGCAUAUGCCUUGAUUACCAUUUGCGUCUCUUUCGGCUUGGGGACAUUGAUAUACUCUGUACCUGUUUGGACAAAGGGAUAUGAGUAGCCGCAUGCCUUUUUGGACACACCCAUCAUUUAUGCCUCGACGUCGAGUUGAACUCUACUUCACCAGAAUGCUGAGUUGGAGCAGGGGACACAGUUUUAAUCAAAAUUAUUAUCUUGCUAACAAGUUGUUAGUUUGUGGUAGGUAGUUCCGUGGUGGAGCCAUCUUGGCUCUUGCACGUGCGAGUCCAUUAUGCACCCCCUUGUAUGGAGAAGCAAUCGCAGCUCUUCUUGCAGCUACUUUGUGCUCUUCUAUGGGACUGUCCCAUGUAAUUUUUUAAGGUGAUUCUUUAACUGUUAACCUCGCCAUUAAUAAUCCUACGAUUACGCAAGACUGGCGUAUCUCAUCCAUCAUAUCGGAGUUUCUUUCCACUAUUUCACCCACUACUAGAUGGUCUGCCCACUACUAGAUGGUCUGCUAGUAACAUCAACCGAAGUGUAAACUUCUGUACUCACUAUGUGGCUGAUUGGGCCGCGACUAGAUUUACCUCUAGCUGCAUUCCCACCUCUGUUUCGUCAUUUAGUUCGCUCAUUCCUCCCUGUUUUGGAAUGAAUUUUUCUUUUUCUUUUAAUGUUCCUUGAACUUUUCUGGUAAUUUGUUAUUGUUGUACUUAUAAAAAAAAAAAAGAAAAAAAAAAAAGAAAAAGAAAAAGGAGUCAUGAGCAACGGUAGUGCGAUGGGAAAGUGCCUGCCAUUGCGGGUCACAGUAAAUGUGCGGACAAAGAGAGACCCCAUGUAUUAAAUUAUUAAUGUUCAAAAGCCUGUAUGCACGUUCUCUCUCAAAAUCAGUUUGACCAUUUGUUUUUGGACAAAGAUACCACAUGCAUGUAAUACCUACGGUAUUGGAUGGAGUGCAAUACAUUUUUCAUAUAGA